UCAACAUGGCGAACAGAACUGUGAAAGAUGCUCAUUCUAUUAAGGGCACAAAUCCCCAAUAUUUAGUGGAAAAGAUCAUCCGUAGUCGAAUUUACGAAUGCAGAUACUGGAAAGAAUCAUGUUUUGCACUAACUGCCGAAUUAUUGGUGGACAAGGCCAUGGAGUUACGUUAUGUGGGUGGUAGUUUUGGAGGCAAUAUUCGACCAACACCAUUUCUGUGUCUCAUCCUGAAGAUGUUACAGAUUCAGCCUGAGAAGGAUAUUGUCGUGGAAUUCAUCAGAAAUGCAGACUUCAAGUAUGUGCGGGCUCUUGGUGCCAUGUACAUGAGGUUGGUGGGAACCUCCAUUGAAUGUUUCAAGUAUUUGGAACCUCUUUACAAUGACUUUAGGAAGAUCAGGAGGCAGACAAAAGAUGGAAAUUUUAGUGUUGUGCACAUGGAUGAGUUUAUUGAUGAAUUACUGAGAGAAGAACGAGUGUGUGACAUCAUCUUACCAAGAAUACAGAAGCGAUCGGUCCUUGAAAACAAUAAUGAGUUGGAGCCACGAGUGAGUGCCCUGGAGGAAGAUAUGGAUGAUGUGGAGAGUUCUGAUGAGGAGGAGAUGGUGGAGGUAAAUAGAAGCCCAUCACCAAGUCACAAACGAAGUAGUGGUCAUCAUCGAGACCGAGAUUGGGAUCAAUCGAGACGAAGCCUGUCCCCAAAAUUUAAGAGAAGUCCUUCACCACACAGACGAAGAAGUCGCUCAAGAGAAAGGCAUGGAGAAAGAGAUGCUAAACGUCGUCGAAGUAGGUCCCCUCGAGACAAGGAUCGUCGCCAGAGGACAGACCGAGAUCGUCACAGGAGGGGAGAUGAUGAAAGGAAACAUCACCGCAGCAGCAAACGCAGCCAUCGUGACGAACGUGAUGAAAAGAAGAGUAAGAGUUCCCGGGAUCAUUCUGAUCGGGGGGAUCGUCAUCGGCACCGAGACAAGAAUCGGUCGGAGUCGACAUAUGACCAGGAGAUCCGGGAGGCCAAUGAAAUGAGAGCAAAGCUUGGAAUGGCCCCGUUAAGACCUUGAGUUCCGAUUUGCUGGCAUUUCAAACCUUCAUACACAGACUUAUGAUUGAAGUGAACAAUUUGAGAGGACGCUCUGUGGUUUUGAACUAUUUGGGUAUUGUUUCCUCAUCAGAGAACUGUUGGUAAUGUACAUUAUGUGAAUGUUCAAAUAAAUCAUUACUUUUUACUUAUA